GCCAGCAGCCUGCCCACAGAGGCUCUCCACAAUAACUUCGUUCCUCACACUGCCAUUCAGUCCGAGGUCCGCAGCCCGGACGCAAAAUGGUGGCCAGGUGGCUCGCGGGCCUGCGCGCGCGCGGCUUGUGUCAGUGGAGCCUGAGGAGCUGCGGCCCGUUCUCAGGGCCUCCGCCGCUCGGGCUGGGUGGCCAGAGGCCUCGGGUCUCUGCCCGGACAACCGCCACGCUGAGCGUGCAGCCCGCGGGCCGCAGCCUGUGCGACGAGCCGCUGCGCAUCGCCGCGCGCGGCCUGGCCCCCGAGCAGCCCGUCACGCUGGCGGUGCGGGCGGGCCGGGUGCGGGGCGCCCUCUUCCUGCCGCCAGGACCUGGGCCCUUUCCUGGGAUAGUGGACCUUUUUGGAGUUGGAGGAGGCCUUCUGGAGUAUCGAGCUAGUCUGCUGGCGGGCAAGGGCUUUGCUGUGAUGGCUCUGGCUUAUUAUAACUACGACGACCUCCCCAAGGACACAACUGUCUUCCACCUGGAGUACUUUGAAGAAGCUGUGAACUACCUGCUCAAUCACCCUCAGGUAAAGGGCCCAGGAGUUGGGCUGCUUGGGCUUUCCAAAGGGGGUGAACUGGCCCUCGCCAUGGCCUCUUUUCUGAAGGGAAUCUCGGCUGCCGUCAUCAUCAAUGGCUCCGUAGCUGCUGUCGGGGGAAACAUAUGCUAUAAGGAUGAGUCUGUGCCUCCUGUGACUUCCACGAGGAAUCGAGUCAAGAUGACGGAAGAUGGUAUCAUGGACGUUGUGGACGCUCUGAACAGCCCUUUGGAAGGACCUGAUCAGAAGAGCUUCAUUCCUGUGGAGAGGUCUGACACCGCCUUCCUGUUCCUUGUAGGCGAGGAUGACCACAACUGGAAGAGUGAGUUCUAUGCUAAUGAGGCCUCUAAGCGCUUAGAGGCCCACGGGAAGAAAAAGCCCCAGAUCAUCUGUUACCCGGAAACGGGGCACUAUAUCGAGGUCCCUUAUAUCCCCUUGUGCAAGGCUGGUCUGCAUAGCUUGGUGGGUGCUCCUAUCCUCUUUGGAGGGGAGCCCAGGGCUCAUGCCAUGGCCCAGGUGGAUGUGUGGAAGCAAAUUCAGGCUUUCUUCCACAAACAUUUGGGUGGUAAAGAGGAGACCAUCCCGGUAAAACUGUAGUUUUUACUUGAUCAGGUAACAUCUCUGAUUCUGAUCUCUUCUAGGAAUAGCUGCUAAAACUUGUGUUUGUAUUUUGCCUUCUAUUAAAGAACUACAUAGUAUAGAUAUUUAUAAACUGCACACCGUAUCAGUUUUGGAGGGGAGAGACUCUGUAGAAAACAUCAGCCAAAAAAACUUACCUUUUAUUGCUGCGAAACAUGACCAAGAUUUUAGCUCCUAAAGGAAAAGUGAAUAAUACCAUUUCAUAGUGCCUGCUCUGUAAUCGGAGUGUGUCUUAGUUACUUCACUCAUUGCUGAGACAAAGUACCUAACACCCAAAGUUAAGGGAGGAGAGGUUUAUUGUAGCUCAUGGUAGUAGAGGUUUCAGUUUAUCGUUGGCUGGCUCUAAGACAGGCUGGCAUGGUGAAGGGACACUGUGGAGAAGAAGCAGUUCAUGACAGGAAAAAGCCAGGAAGGCAGCAAAAUAGCGACAUAGUGAAGUAGCAGCAAGUGACAACACCAGCAGCCCUCUUUGUGUCCCUUACAUUCUAUGGGUAGGGGGAAGCCUUAAUCCUAGCAUCAUAUCAUUUUUGUCAUUGUUUUGGUACCAGGGAUCGAACUCACGACCUUGUGCUUGCCAGGCAGGUGCUGUGCUGCUGAUCUGUAUCCCUAGUUUGGCAUCACACUGCAAAUCCCAGCUUCACAUGCUUAAUCCCAGCAUCACACAUCCUAGGGCCAGCCAUCUUUGAAAAGCCCCACCUGCACUACACUUUGGGGGGUCAUCUAGCUACAAGCCAUAACAGGGUACAAUAAUUAUUAUUAACUGACAAGUGGCAGCGUACCAUUUUAAAAGAAUAUAUGGUGGCCUUUGUAUCCGUUCGUUCCACAACAUGUAUUUAACCAACUACAGAUCAAAAAUAUUUGAGAAAACUUGCAUUUGACUUUUUUCUUGUCACUUUCCCCUAAACAUCAAGAGCAACUAUAUACAUAGGAUUUGCAUUUAACUAAAUAUUAUAGUACAUCCCUAGUAAGUGACAUUUUCCAUCCGUGUGAAAGAAAUGGUCAUCCAGUGUUCCAGCUGCUGUCAGCGGGGUAGAUUCUCUGUUGGCCAGCGCAUGCACACGAGUGUUUAGAUCAGGAAAGGCAGCUGAUAUUUCUACUGUAGAAAUCACAGAAGAUUCCUCUGAGAGGAAGAGUUGGGAAUAUCUGUCAAAUAUUUAAGUGUAAACUCUGCUCCAAGGGUGAAUGACUGUGUUCUGUUCUCCAUCUUACCUCCUGGUUCUAAGAGUAGAUUUGGAAAAUUGUGCUGUGACAUCUUAGCAGAGCAUUCUUCACUUCCCUUGACAUCAGUGCUGGGCACUGCUACAUAAAUGUCCUUGACAAAGGCUAAGAACUUUCCAAAACUGAUAUCAAAGAUCUCAAGCCUCAUAUUCAAGAAGCAAUAUAACCUCAGCAGGGGUGAAUACAAAGAAAAUUAACUUUUUUUGGAAAUAGGGUCUCAGUACGUAGCCCAGGCUGACCUCAAACUCACUGCAGUCCUCCUGCCUCAGCCUCCCGAGUGCUGGGACUACAGUUGUGUGCCGCCGCACCUGGCUAGAAAAUUAUCUUUAGCACAUCACAGUGAAACCUUUUAUAGUAGUUUUAUAACAUAGCUGUAAAUUAUUUGCUAUUCCAUCACCAAUAACAGGACCUAUAUCUCCUUUCUUCAAGCCUGCAGGUCUUGUGACUGUGUCCGUCAGUGGGUCAUACAAGGCUAUGAAGUUUCCCCCAGGUUUGCAGGGAACCCUUGCUCUUGCCAUCCUGAGCCACUGUGUAUGGACAUUGAUUACCUUCAGGCUCUGGUGCUGUCAGGAAACUCAGGAUACAGGAGAGGCUAACUGUAGGCACUCUCGAGACACCAGCUGAUGUGAGGCCAUGGUUUGCCUCUGCCCAGGUGUCAGGGUGAAAAAGCUCCAAAUGAUUUCAGCUCCAGCCAUUUGACUCUUCCCAGCAAAUGCUUGAAAUACCCUAGGCAAAAAAGAACUGUCCCUGUCAAACCUUAUCCAAAAUGUAGAAUUAUGAACAAAAUAAUUGAAUGUUCUUGUUUUAGAUGACUUAUAUUUUGGUUUUGUCUCAGUUGUGUAUUGUGUAGUAAACCACCCCAAAGCAUAGUAGCUUUACAAAAAUGACCAUGUGUUUUUCUCAAGACUGCAAGUUGCACAGGACUCAGUGGGAAUGGGUCACCUCUGUUCAAUGGCUUUGGCUGGAACAGUUUGACCAAGGGUUGGAAGAUCUACUUUCAUGGCUUGGAGACUGGAACUUAUUCUUCCUGUUUAAGGGGUACAGCGAAGGGAUGAAAUAAGAAACAGAGACAAAUUUAGUAAUUCUUGACAGGGGUGCUGGGAGGUCAGUGCUUCAGGAUGAGCAGAGACCAAACACUCUAGGCUAGCCACUAUUUAUUGGGUGUGCACAAUAAUCCAAUUUCUCUUUUUUCUCCGGGUUUUCACUUCUGAAGCCUCUCAUGUCACAUAGAACUUGUAUUUAAUAAGUUUGUAUGCUUCUCUUUUUCAUCAGUCAUUUGUUGUAGGAGUUCCAGUGGUGGGUGGGAAAAUGAGUCUUUUUGUACCUUUACGUUCCAUAUUGAACUCAUACCUGUAAGACAGUUGGCUGUUGAUCUCUGGCACUAAGUCUUCCAUAAACCAUCCUGCAAAAGUCUUCCAUAAACCAUUUCCAGGGCUGGGGAGUAUAUCUCGGUGGUAGAGCACUUGUCAAUCUGGAUGCGUGGGGCGCUGGGUUCUAGCCCCAACACCACAGAACCAGCCAACUAAACAAAAUUUUUUCUAAAAAUAUCUUCCAACUGUGUAGAUUAGAUAAGCAAAUGAGACUAGUGAAUAAAUAAAAAAGAUAAUUUCAUUAAUCUAUUCAAGAUGUAAGAAAAAGAAACUUGAAAGCAGUCCAUUUUCAAGAUGAAAUGGUUCACUCUGAGUGGAAAAUUAAUGGCAGUUAAAAUUGUCUAACUGCCUGACAAAGUUUAUGCACUUGGAGAGUCUCUAGAUAGGCAAGACCUUGAGGAAGACAUAAAAAUAGUAAGAGAGCCUUUGUAGAAUGUAGGCUGAGUAGGGGAAGACAGGAGAAAAGUCUGUUUUCCUAGCUGAGGCUAAGUAGACACAUGGUAACCGCAGUGUCACAAGAAAUCUCUACAUAGGAAAAUCUGCUUCUCAGAAAGUGAAAAACAGACAGUAUUAUGAAGAAAGCCAAACUCCAGUUUGGAAGGAGACCAAGGAACUGCCUUAUCCAGUGAGAAACUUAGGCAUCCUCAUGAGAAGAUUGUAACUUCCACAUCCUCAGCCAACGAGAAACCAGAGGAAAGGACCUGCAUGUUAGGGGAGAAAUUGGCAGUUGUGACCACCCUGGCUGCGCCUCUCCAUCAGACACCCAGCCUCGCGAGACCAAAUUAACAACCUCGCUUUUGCUGCUCUUCGUGCCCUUCUGAGUCCAUUCUUUGGAUCCGGCCAAAUGAAUGCAUUUCUCACAAAGGUCACUUGGAAUUUUAUUAUUUUGGUCACUGAAAGUUAAAAUGUGAACAUCUAUCAGUUAACCCAUAAACUCAUUUGAGACUGAAGAAAAGGAGAAAAAAAAACCCUCCAAAAGAAGCUUUUUAGAAUCAAACUGCUAGGAUUUGAUCCAUAGCCUUCAAAAGGUUAAGGAGCAGGACUCAUGAAAAUCUUAAAAUGUGAUGGCCUUAAUUUGUUCCAUUUUGCCAGAUACACAAUUUGGAUUAUACAGCCUUUUAUAAACUGGUACUUCCGUGAUGGGAAUUUUAAAAACUUAAAAAUCAGCUAGUAGUGUGACACUGUAUGAGGUCAAAAUGAGAUCAUGCAGCCCACCAUGUAGCCCAUCUGUUAGACGCCCUCAGCCUUGACUGACUACACCCAGCUACAAACCAGAGAUAACCUGACCCAGCUCAGUUUGACCACACUCAGCUGCACAGCUGGUACUUUCUAUCCCCCAAACACACCCUGUUUGCUAAUUUGUUUCAAGGACUUUCUGCUCAGCAACAAGAAUAACUGAUGCUACCCAAUAAACAUUCACCACGCUUUUAAGCUUUUGCAUCUUCCACUUGUAAAACCUAUAUAAACUAAGCCCAAAGCUGGCUCUGGGCUGAUGCUUUGGGAGCGAUCCCCCAUCAGCCUGCCAGCAUAAUAAAGUUGGUUGCCUUCCAACUCCUUGGUGCAGAGCAUUUUCCAUUUGGUUCAGUACCAGGUUCCAUAACAUUUUGUACAUUGCUAUACUUUUGUGUUAUGAAAAAAUUCUAAAACAAAUGCUAUAAGAUCUUUGACCAUACACAUUUGUGUGUGUUGUACAUGUGUACAUACUGAAUGUUAUGUCCAGUGGCUAAGUCGCCAAAAAAUACCAAUCUGUUCCAGAAUAAACAGAUAAAUGAGUACACAUAAAUUAAACUGUUAGGAUUAUGAUAACUAA